ACAUCGUUUAGUUUGGAAGCAUUUUUUAACACUGACGGUUGAGCUCUCGCAGAGCGCAGGCAUAAUUUCCUUCCUUUAGGCAGAGCCAAGUGCAAUCUUUUAAGUCAUUUCGCCAAGAGCGGGUUGGUAGUUUUUCGGGGGAAACCACGGUUGGUGCGAUUCACGUCCGAAGACGGAGACGGUGCGCGAAACAUUUUCGAGUCUACUAGUUCAGUAAUCGAACAGAUUGUGCCGCAUUCGGGUGGAUUUUGAAUUUGUCUCGGAAUUAUUUAACGUGUCGCAGUUUAUUGGCCGGUCGAAAUAAGUGGAACGUGCGUUGAUUGCAAGUGAUAUUACUGUAACAUCCCGCGCGAAUCCGGCACAACCCGGUUGGAUUGAUUGUCCCCCUUCCCCUUGAUCUGAAGCCGACCACUCGAUCGGCUUCCCGUCCUGAUCCUUUCCACACGAGAUAGAGAGAGCCCAAACAUUGUUACCGAAGUAGUGUUAAGACUCUAAUCCACCACCCCUCCUCCCAACACCAGUCAGCUCUACUUGAGUCAACAGCACGAGCUUCCGUGCUGGAAUCGGAACUAUAACUCACACCAAGGAGUAAACACACACAAACACAAUCACCAUGGGCAGAGGAUCGCGAUCUUUGGUCGCGACGUUUGUGCUUUUCUUCACAGUAUUAAAGAAUGUCGACUGUGACGCCCCCCUCGUGGAUUCGGCCGCACUGCCCCUGGAGCACAGAGCCGUCUAUGGGCCGCCAGCACCAUCACCAGUAUACGGAACGCCUGGUUUGUUGAGUGGCGGCGGCGGUGGUAGCGGCAGCAGUAGCAGCAGCAGUGGUGGUGGAGACGACCCCUGGCCCCUGUCGGCCGCGAACGAUAGCCCCCAGAUCAAGCACCUGCAGGUGCAGUGCGAGAAGACGCAUAUGCGCGUCAACAUCGAAUUCGAUCGACCCUUCUACGGAAUGAUCUUCUCGAAGGGAUUCUACAGUGACCCGCACUGUGUGCAUCUGAAACCCGGCACCGGUCAUCUGAGUGCGACCUUCGAGAUCUUCUUGAAUAGCUGCGGCAUGAGCAGCUCGGCGAACCACAAUGCUGCCAACUUUGGUGCACCAACUCCGUCCGGAAGUUACGUCGAGAACACCAUCAUCAUCCAGUACGACCCAUACGUCCAGGAAGUCUGGGAUCAGGCUCGUAAGUUGCGUUGUACCUGGUAUGAUUUCUACGAGAAGGCCGUCACGUUCCGUCCAUUCCAAGUCGACAUGCUCCAUGCUGUGACUGCGAACUUCCUUGGUGACAAUCUACAAUGCUGGAUGCAGAUUCAGGUCGGUAAGGGUCCGUGGGCUUCCGAAGUUUCGGGUAUCGUGAAGAUCGGUCAAACCAUGACUAUGGUGCUGGCUAUCAAGGAUGAUGAGAACAAGUUCGAUAUGCUGGUCCGUAACUGCGUUGCUCACGAUGGUAAGCGUGCGCCUAUUCAGCUGGUUGAUCAACAUGGAUGCGUCGUGCGGCCGAAGAUUAUGAGCAAAUUCCAGAAGAUCAAAAACUUUGGACCAUCCGCUUCGGUCGUGUCAUUCGCGUACUUCCAGGCUUUCAAGUUCCCAGAUUCGAUGAACGUCCACUUCCAGUGUGUGAUCCAGGUUUGCCGAUACAACUGUCCAGAACCCAAGUGCGGAGGAGGAGACUACGGAUUGCCAGCUUUGACAGGUAAUGGAAUUUCUGGAGAGUACGGUGCUCCUGGUGCAUUGAGCGGAGAAUACGGACCACCAUCGGAAUACGGAGUGCCCCCAGCAUACCCAGAUCCAAGACACCCAUCGGACUCUUCUGGAGCUUACUCGGAGAAUCAGGACAAUGUUGUACCACCACCACAGGCCCAAACCUCAGUCAACUCUGCCGAGAACAAGGAAGGUUCCAGCCAAUCAGAUGCUCCUCAGCAAAGCCAGAACCAAAAUCAACUGCAGAACGAAAUUCAUGACAAUAUCAACAUGCCGCCACCACCGCCACCAGGACAGUCUGGAUAUGUAACCGUCACCAAACGAAAGGACGAUAUGGUCAAUGAUGGUAACUUGGUUAGCCUCGGAGGCCGACCCCGGUCGGUAGAAGGCUUGGAUGACCUCCGUGGAGUUCGGCGACGACGUGACACCAUGGAAGUGGUCGUCAAGCCUCGUAUCUACAAACGUGACGCUCAGGAGAUGACCGAUGUCAACACGGAACGAAUCAUCCAGGUCGUAGCCCCGGGUGAUGUGAACUUCGCCUUGAACAGUGCUGCCAACAACGAAACCGUUGUCAUCCAAUCGCAGCGUACGGUGGAUCCUGAAACCAUCUGUAUGUCAGUGCCGAGCUUCGUCGGUGGCCUGGUCAUGCUUCUGUUGGUUCUGGCUGUUGCCUCGCUAGUCGCCGCCUUUCUCUUCGUACGGGUGAGACACUUCGAUCGCAAAGCUAACCACAUGCCACUGUCCAGCUCACACGUGUUCCUGGUGUCAAAGUAAAACGCUUCAACGGAUCCCUCCGCGGCGCCGCGGUUGUGCACGACGAAUUGCAUGUGGAGCUUCGCUGUUCGAACGGUUAACGAUUUGUUAGAUGCUUUUGUUUUAAUGGUUAGGUAAACAGUGGCAUUCUGGACACCUGGCUUGCGCGAGCGUGACCACGCGCAGGUCGGGCAAUCAGUUACUUGGUGAUGUUCAACGGAAUGUGCCUAACAGGGCAGGAGCGAUUCAGCAUUCGUAAACAGAUCUUCGUUGGUUCCCUGGAAAACAGGGAAGCCAAAGCCAUUCAACGAAGCUUUUUUACGCCCAGUGACUGUAUCUGUAGACGAAUGUUGAACCUAUUCUAAACCAACAAACGCUUCCUUGAAUGCAUCCAAUUUCCUAGCUUCUAUCUAAUCUACUUGAGCACCCUACAUCCACCAUCCACCACCCAAGAGGAGCUUUCCCCAAGCACUAAUCACUCAUCUUUUCAUCUAAAUUUCUAUCUUAGAAGAAAAUGAGAACCAACUCGCUUCUAUAAUCCCGAGCUCCCCUUCAUCCUCACUCUAAUCUAUUUAUGUUCACGCCUAACUUAUUGAAUCAAUCAAUCCUCUCGCCCCAUUGAUCAUCCCUCUUCUUAUAUCCUGUGCAAAAAGAAAAAAAGAGAGAGAAAGAAAACUAGAAGAGUAGAAUUAGCGACAUCAAAAAACGAUGAUUUUCAAUCCCGUCACUAAGUUGUAGAUUUUGUCGUGUAGUAGCUUAUAUCUAGAUCCGGGUUGAGGAAGAAAAGCGGUAGCCUGUUGCCAAAUCCCGGAAAGCCGGAUAUAUUACGAGUAUCUUUGAAUCUAAAGAACACUUAUUUAUUUGCUUAAAUUAUAAAUCCCUAUCCCUGUCCCUCUCUGCCUUAGUAGUGAACUCGUUUUCACCCAAAGCAAUUUACCCUACUCCUCACCACUUUGACCUACCAGCUCGAUCACCGAGAACGCUAACGAACCAAUUUAUGUUAUAUACA